AUGAGUGGACCAUCGAACUCGAAGAGCAGCACAGGCCAGCCAGGUGCAUCGGGUUCGGGGGCUCCCGUGUCGGUGCAGGAGUUUGUAAUUCGUGUGCCGAAGAAUCUGAAAAAGAAAUACCAUGUGAUGCGGUUCAACGCAACGCUAAACGUAGAUUUCACACAGUGGCGUACGGUGAAGAUGGAGCGUGAAAACAAUCAGAAAGAGUUCAAGGGAAUCGAAGAGGUGAUGCCGAAGUUUGGUGCAGGCUCGGAAUUUAAUCGCGAUCUGCGGGAAGAGGCACGUCGCAAGCGGUUCGGUAUCAUUGCUAAAAAGUAUAAACCCGAGGCACAGCCAUGGAUUUUGCGGGCCGGCGGUAAGAGUGGUAAAAUGUUUCGUGGCAUUCGGGAGGGAGGUGUUGGUGAAAAUGCCGCUUUCUACGUGUUUACACACGCACCGGAUGGUGCGAUUGAAGCGUACCCGCUGAACGAAUGGUACAACUUUCAGCCGAUCAAUCGGUACAAGGCACUGUCGGCGGAGGAGGCCGAACAGGAGUAUGGACGGAGGAAGAAAACGAUGAACUAUUUCUCGUUAAUGUUCCGGAAGCGGCUAAAGAAGGGCGAGGAUAAUGAUGGCGAGGAGCAGGAGGAAACCAAGAGCAAAAAGGGCGAGGGCGGCAAGAGUAAGGAUUUGAAGAUUAGCGACAUGGACGAGUGGAUCGAUUCGGAUGAGAUGUCCUCGUCCGGCGACGACGAUGAAGAGGGAAAGCCGAAGCAAAAGGACAGCGACGACGAUGCCAUGGACAAGAAAGCGAAGAACAAAAAGAAGGCGCUGGCGGACAGUAAGAAAAAGAAGCGAGACGUGGAUGAGGAAGCGUUCGAGGAGUCGGACGAUGGCGAUGAGGAGGGACGUGAGUUGGACUACAUAUCGGACUCGAGCGACAGUGAAUCGGACCACGACGCAAAGGUGGUAAAGGAAAUGAAAUCUGUGGCAGAAGAGGAUGCUCUACGGAAACUGUUGACUUCCGACGAAGAUUCGGAGGAAGAGGAAAAGAAAUCGGAAGAAGAUGAGGAGAAGGAGGACGAGAAGAAUGGUAAAUCGAAGGAGAAGGAUAAGGACGGCAAGGAAAAAGAAGGCAAGGAGGGCAAGAAGAAAAAGAAAGCCAAGAAGAACAAAAGUAAAAAAACGGAAUCGGACAAGAAGGAUUCGUCGAGUGAUUUCAGCUCGGACAGUUCGGACUCGGAUACGGCCAGUACGAAGAAGAAGCUAAAAGACAAAAAAAGCAAGGAAGGCGUGGGGUCAAAUUUGUCCAGUGCAAACAAUUCACGGUCUGCGUCGCCAAGCAUAAGCCAGUUCGAAUCGAACAAGCGCAAAAUGACCGGCUCCAAUAUGCCAACGACGGACCUGACGGGAUCGGACAAUAGCAACAGUCCGGUGUCAACACCGGCGAAGAAAGUUAAGACGGACAUUACGCCAUCGCUUCCGCCUACGUUUGCUGGAAUUGUUAAUGCGACUAGUAAAGAUGAUUACGGCAUAACCGAAGAGGCUGUCCGGCGGUAUUUGAUGCGCAAACCAAUGACCACAACGGAACUGCUGACCAAGUUCAAAAACAAAAAGACGGGCGUUUCAAGUGAGAAGUUAGUCGAAACAAUGACCCAAAUAUUGAAGCGAAUCAACCCGGUGAAGCAGACGAUACAGGGCAAAAUGUAUCUUAGUAUAAAGGUACCGAAAUAAACCGCGAAAGGCUCAAUCUUA